CGGCGCGCCGAACGGCGUCGCUCGCCUCCCGCCGCCGAUGCCCAUCGAAUCACCACAGAGGUCCGCGCCUCACUCUCCGGCAAGCCCCAAGCCAAGGCUACCUCUCCCAUACCACAUUACGCCACCGAGGACCAAGGGCCCGACGGAGGCCGAGCGUAAGAUCGCUGCCAUGACGGCGCAGCUCGAAAGCGAGAUGGGCGGAGACAGCGACGAGGAGGGAGACUUUUUUGGGCUGUGUUACACGUGCGGAGAGAAGGUGACAGGUUCGAGCCAGGCAUGCCAAGCCAUGGGACACCUCUAUCACACCAACUGCUUCGUCUGUUGCUCAUGUGGACGAACGCUCAGAGGUAAAGCUUUCUACAACGUCAAUGGAAAGGUCUACUGCGAGGAGGACUAUCUGUAUUCGGGCUUCCAGCAGACCGCGGAGAAGUGUACAGUCUGCGGGCAUCUGAUCAUGGAAAUGGAUAUUUGCGCCGAAGUGCAAGGUGUGUGGCAAGCCGAUCACUCCAGUCGAGGGUACAGACGAGACGGUGCGUGUGGUUUCUAUGGACAAGGACUUCCACGUUGAUUGCUACCAGUGUCAAGACUGUGGCAUGCAGCUGACCGACGAGCCCGACAAGCGGUGCUACCCGCUCGGUGACCACCUCCUUUGUCACGACUGCCACAUCAAUCGCAUCGAGCACAAACGCGGCGGGCCGCCAGGACGGAUCAGCGAUCUCUGACCUGGUCGUGACCUCUGACCUGGUUGCGAACUCUGACCUAGUCGCGACUUCUGAUCUAAUCACGACCUCUGACCUAGUCGCGACCUCUGAUCUAGUCGCGACUUCUGACCUGGUCGCAAACUCUGACCUGGUCACGACCUCUGACCUAGUUGUGAACUCUGAGUGAACUCUGGGAACUGAUCCCGCGAGCAGCAUCGUUUCGCUGUGGAAUGGUGGUCAGUUGUGAUUGCUGGGAUCAGCAGCAGAAGCCCGAUUGACCGCUAGUGUUGGCUCGCAGACGAGCGUAUAAGCUUCAGCUCUCAGAGCGAGAGAGGCCAGACGGACUAUUUUCAUCUCUGCCGAGAGGCUGGUGUACAUUUAGUUACAGCAGAAGACGGACAGACCUUCUCCACGGGUGGCCGAUGAGAAAUACAAUAUUCCAACAAGCACAACGAAAGUAGCUUGAACAAUCAGCGGCUACUAUCUUAACAGCCUUGCGUAGGAGGAAUGAUGUAAAGGUCGGAGAUUUAAGGAAGCCAGUUGUUCGUGUCACAAAGCUGUCUGAGACACAUGUGCCCCCAGGCUUGUUCGUCUGUUAAGAAACGGAUGUAAUUUCAUCAUGUCAGUCGCAUAUAAUCAGCCGAUAACAGGCGUUGGUGUUUUUGCUAUGAUAAAUCAUGUGCCUAAUCAAUGAUUAAUACUAAGAUAGCAUUGUGGAACUUGCAACACAAUACUCUAUGUGCUCAUACAAGUAGUAAACUAAUGCUGAGUUGUAGUGAUGUAACUUAUGCAGACUGAAUGUACCUUCGCGCAAGAUCUCAAUGAGUGGAGGCAUACAGUUUGCUUUUGUCAAUGAUAAAUAGUUGAGCAGAUCAUGGUGAUGAUUAACUGAAACAUAUCAUAUAACUUCAUUGUCUUGCUGCGGAUUUAUCUGUGGUGUGUGUUACGCAGAUUCUAACUCCUCAAAAAUGAUUAACAAACCUAAUGCUCAAAUUUUUUGUCACCCAAAUCUGGUGUAGUUAUUUAGGAAGGCAAUGCUUUCAGUUGUCUUUCGUACUGGAACUAUGAAUAACUGUUAGCCAUGCCGUUUAGUUUGAUAUAUGAUGUGUCUGCAUGGUUUGUCUCUCUAUUCUGCUUUUGUAACUUGCAUGCGGCUAGUUAUUGCUGAACUCCCCCUAUAGGUGGUGCUGGUAGUAACAAAUGUCCAUCCACAAUAACUAUGCUGCUUCUCUCGGCUGCAACUGUAUCCGCCAAUGCGAUAUAGUCGUGUUGAAUAGCCCAGCAUUUGUGAUCAUUGUGAUUCUUCAAUCCCUGUAUAGCCGGAUGCCUGAAGGUGAGCCAGCUAUAUGCCGCGAUGCAGAAGUAGGUUGCAAGAGAGAAAAUCGGAAUUGCGUGCAGUUAUAUAUAGUCCGAAUGUUUUUUCGCAAGCCGGUUGUCAUGUCUUCGAUUUGUAUUCGGUCGGAUACCUACAUGCGACUGUGUAACAUUUAAUCAGUUCAGACGAAGAUGGCCGUGGGCGGGUAGCUGUGAUGAAGUACAACAUGAUAACGAACUUGAGUCAAUCCUUGCAUUUUUAUGGUGCUGGUUUGGUGUGCAGCGUAUUUUGUACAAAGUGGUUUUCUGCUGACUCACCGUCCUGAUUUCCCAUGCCCCACUGCGGUUCUUAUGCUUGCUAUGUUUGUGUGGUCUGUCCUUCGAGUUUGUGUGAAAGAAGAAAAGCUGCUCUGGCAAUUUUUAGUAUAUUUGAUGCUAUAGACGUUCAACGUGGCUUAGCGAUCAAAUGUAGAAUUAUUUGCAGUGUUCCGUCAUUAUUGUAAUAUUCCAGAGGAAUAUUAUCUGUAAGGCACGCGUCUGUAUGAUCUGUAAUAUGCUUUUGCUUAUUAUUUGUAAAAAAAAACUGCAUUCUUCUAUGACACAUUUUUAUUAACACCGCUGCGAUGGCUCAAUAGUAGAGUGCUCUUCGCCUCGCAUGCGGAAGGUCGUGGGUUCAACUCCCGGCCGGGUCAUACCAAAGACUUGAAAAAUGGUACGCACUGCUUCUCUGCUUAGAACUCAGCAAAAAGAUGUUUGAUGGAAACUGCGGGAACAUAUGGAGUAGCGCCUUAUGUUUCCUACUACAUGCGCAACCGAAACCCCUAUGAAAAAUUAGGGGCGUCUUGAAGGACGACUAAUUAUUAUUAUUAUGCUAUGACAUCGUGUAAUGUAGCAUUUUAUUCACUUUUGCUGCUUAUUAUCGUGUAUAAAACUGAAUGCUGUGACGCACACUGUGCUAUUUUUUCAGUUUCACCGUUAUGUUGCAUAUAAGUGACCUGUAUAGUUUUGAUUGAACAUGGUAGUCAUGAUUAAUUCAAGUUGGAAGUGCGUGGAUUGGAGUUUUAUUGCUCUUUUGUUUUCCCCGUUUCAUCUGUAAAUAAUCUAGACAUGUUGUGAAGAUUGCAUAAAUUAGGUAAUCUACAAAUGUGUACACAUUAUAUCUGUCUCGUAUCUGCUAUAUGUGUCCAGAAAUAAUGUACUCUUUGAGAAAUUACACUUGCAGUUUUCGCACUGCAAGCUUAUCUGUCAUACCUCUUUUCUACACGUGUAAGGUUGCUCAAACUCAUCAGCUGUAGGUGUGCGGCAACACUGUCGAUCAUUUGCGUUAUUAGUAGCGCUGAGAGGGUCUAUGUCCCCCGGGGUAUACCGGAACGUACCCUGGGUACGUUCCGGUAUACCGGACCGUACCCAGGGUUCGUUCCGGCAGUAUCCUGGGGGACAUAGACUCUAUGAGCAUUAGUAGCCGUGUAAGUCCAUAGCAAUCCAUGUCUCAGCAGAUUGUAAUGAACUACCAUGUUUGCAGCCGUCGAUGCGUUAGCAGUGUGAUAUGUAAGGUGGGCAUGUGCGUGCGCACAGUAAUAGCGAGGUGUACGCUGUGUAUUCAUGCGACUAUGCGCAUACAGCUGUGUGCUGCAUCGUGUGCGCAUGUAUGGGCACACGAGAUUGUGUUAGUGUAGGGCUAAAUAUAGUCGGAAGCCAUUUUACUGUAACGGCUGUAAACGCCGGUAGUAUUUAUUACGCUGUGCUGAGUGAGCACUUCCUUUUAGAACGAACGAUGUCGACAGAAACGCUCCUGUUCAAAUGGUUUAGUUUUUCGAAGAGCAACGGCGGAUAAAUCGUUUAUAUGAAUAUAUGUUAAAGGUAUUUUAAAUGUUGAUUUUAUUCGAUUUUAAUUCGCAAUCUAAGCGCCAUAGUUUACGUAGAUCCGUAGUCAGUUCGAAGUUUAUCUAUGCAUCAUGUCAUCGCCCGUAAUCGGUAGAUGUCGUCAAACAUCUAUAUUCUUCAUGGCUUCAGCGACCCUGAUACACUGAUAUAUAUAUAUAUAUAUAUAUAUAUAUAUAUAUAUAUAUAUAUAUUGGUGUUUGUACAUUGCCGCACCCCCAUCCAACAAAUCUCUUACCGUUACUAUAGUUACACGAUGAAUAGUAGCCAUGGUUGGUCGUAGCCUGAGAACAAUAUACAUGUACAAUGUAAACAAUGUAUAUAUAUGCCGUUCUCGGGUCGUCGGGAGAUUUUCACUGUGUAUAAAGUGUGAUAUAUACUUGGUGCGUGUCUGGAUCGCGUGGACGCCCGACAGUGCUUAAGCUUGCUGCACGGUUGACAGCUUGCCGUUUAUUUAAUGCCUAUCCGCUAUUAGGGGUUGUGUGUAGUCGGGCGGCGGCUGUCAUCAUACAGUCACGGAAAGUAGUCCGACCGUUUCGUGUGCGCUGCGGGAGUUUUGUAUUGGUUCUUGGGGACCGUCGAAUUAAAAAAGUCUCGCCUUGAGUGUGCAUUCGUUGAUCUGGUAUGUCAAUGGCGAUGCUAACUUUCAGUUGAGUGCGCUGGAGCCUUCAUAACGCGUCCGGGCUAAUUCUUUGAAGUAUCUCGAGCCACGCGGCAUGCGAACAUUUUUCUUUCGGCCGAUGAUUAAUUGCGACCGUAGUUAUUUACCCGAAGCCGUUAAGAUUGACGGAGCGGUGCGCGUGAGAACGGUCGGCCGCGUGCGCGCCCCUAGAGCGCUAGCCACUAAGAUGUCAGCAUCUGUGAGAGGUUGUGCAAUUUCGCUGGUGUAUGUUUACAUGAAUAAACCUAUUUUUUAUAAGUUA